UGUUACACACACACAGAUGUGGAUGAGUGUGAGCUGGAAACACAUGACUGCCAGCCCAGCCAGGUUUGUGUCAACAUGGCCGGGACCUUCUUCUGCCAGUGUCCACGUGGCUACAGUAAGGUGGAUACGGAGUGUAUCGACAUCAACGAGUGUCGGUUCAAUCAAUGUCAGCACAGCUGCGUCAACUCACCUGGUUCGUUCACCUGUCAGUGUGAGGGCGGUUUCACCCUGGGGCAGGACAGGCGUUCCUGUGUGGAUGUGGACGAGUGCACCAUGGGCGAGCCGUGCGACCAGCGCUGCCUCAACACCUACGGGUCGUUCCUGUGUCGCUGCAGUGACGGAUACCAGCUCAGCCCCGACAAACUCACCUGUACAGACAUUGACGAGUGCAGCUUCUCGGACUAUCUGUGCCAUCAUCAGUGCGUGAAUCAGCCCGGAUCAUUCUCCUGUAUCUGCCCCAUUCUGGAUACAGAUGCAUGGGAACCCGCAUAUGUUCAGACCACGGUGACACCGGCGUCGAUCGUUUACCGCUACAUGAGCGUGACGUCGGAGCGCAGCGUCCCCACCGACAUCUUCCACGUCCAGGCCACGAGCAUCUACCCCGGCACGCACAACACCUUCCGCAUCAAGGCUGGAGAUGACCAGGGGGAGUUCUACAUCAGGCAAAUCAACAACAUCAGCGCCAUGCUGGUCCUAGUGAAGGACGUGCCGGGGCCUCGGGAGUUCGUGCUGGACCUGGAGAUGGCCACAGUCAACCCCCUGAUGUCCCACCAGUCCAGCUCCAUCCUCAGGCUCACCAUCUACGUUGGGGCCUUCCCGUUCUAGACAGGACCCAGCGUCCCUGCUCCCCGCGCAACACGGCACGCCGACUACACCACGAAACAUCGCCCACACCUUCUCUCCAGAGAUGCUGCCCAUCCCCGCUGAGUUACUCCAGCUUUUUGUACCUGUAUCUCACAAAAAAAAAAGACAGUCCGUGUCUCCGAAUCCUCGGCCCGUGAUAUUAAAUCAUCAUUCAUCGAUUAAACUCUGCCAAAGUCUAAA